ACCUCCGUAACCAAAACCAAUACCUCAGCCAGCCAUGCCAUCCCCUUUCCCCCCCACCAGCAUUUCAACGUUAAAGAAUCGGUUUCUCAGGCAAUCAAACUCCAUCCCCUGCCAAAAACCCAGGAGGAAUUCAUCAAUGAAAGCCGCCAUAAAGGGGAGGAGGGUAGUUGGAAGCUCAAGCUCCUCAGAGAUAAAUUGCCCUUUCCCCAUUUUACUGACUUCCGCCGUCGAUUCGGAUCCCAAAUGAAAAGGGACGCACACAGAGUCGCCGCCCUCAAUCGCAGAACUCGCUGCGGCGGCGGCAGUGGGAAAGCCGCCGAGUAUGAGGUGGAGGAGUUCGGGGCGGAUGUGGUUUCCGGUAUGGAUCAAGGGAGUGGAGAAUACUUAGUGAGGAUUGGGGUCGGGAGUCCGGCAAAAAAUCAAUAUAUGGUGAUUGACUCCGGGAGUGAUAUUGUGUGGGUUCAGUGUCAACUCUGUAACCAAUGCAAACAUCAAUAUGACCUGGUGUUCGACCCGUCUUUCUCAAUAUGUUAA